AUGCCCAGGAUUGUGGAGGAAGAGGGAGGGAGGCUGGGCCGGCCCAGACUAUAAAGCAAAGGGGGCAAACGCUGCUCUCUAUCAGAUCACCUUCCAACCUGCGAAGCCACUCACUGGGAGCGAGCGAAGGCUGCGAUAAGAUAUGAGGACUGAGCUGCGAUCCGUCAGCGUUCCCGCCCGUCAGGAUGAGGCUCAGAGGCCCUUCAGUUACAAAUGCAGAAAGGACUCCGCGGGCUCUCAGAGUACCUGUGUCCCACUUCAGAGUCCCCUUCAGGUGAAGAUACCCAACAAGAUGGAGGAGUGCGGAGGCCCAGACGGAGGAGAGGAGCACGAGAGCUACCAGCUGAAGAUCACGGGGGCGUCUUCGGCCAUCGUGCCAAUGGGCAGCACCCACCUCUCCCUGGAGCGGUCGGUCAUGCUGGUCCUGGCCAUGGAGAGGUUAAAGGCCGGGCUCCAGCGUCACCCCUCGCCCGAAGGCUGGGCGCACGACUCCAGCGCCUUUGCUGACUCGGACCUGCUGGAAAACUUCGCCGCCAUCAUGGAAGAGAUCGACCCCUGCCUCAUCUCCGACGGCGUCACCGAGAGCUCCUCCUGUCGCUUCCGCUUCGUGCACACCGAGUGCAGGCGUCUGACGGACGACAGGGACCGGGCCCUCAUCCUGGCGCAGGACAUGCAGCUGCUGGCGGUCUCCCUGAGGAGCCCCGUCGACGCGGUUCAGCUGGACGUCAUGUACUACAAGUCCACGGGGGACCAGCCGGAAAUGUUGCCCGUCGUGUUGGGAGUGAGCCAUCAGAACCUCUUCAUCACGUGCACUGGGCCUCAGGAGAGGCCAAGGGUGAGGAUCGAGAAAUGGGACGAGAACCUCAGGAACAUCAGCAGCGCCACCGACCUUCUGCGCUUCGUGUUCUUCAAGCGGGUGGGCAGCGGCGGGCACUACUUCGAGCUGGAGUCGGCCAUGUACCGCGGUUGGUACAUCAGCACCGCGCUGAGCGACGGCCAGCCCAUCGAGAUGGGCGUCAAGACCAACAGGAAGAGAGUCACCAUCUUCACGGCCGAGUGAAGGCCUCGGUGAUGUCACGCGCCCUUCCGCCCCACAAACUGCGCGUGUCUCAGAACCCCAAAUCAGAAAGUUGUUGAUUUUUGAGAGAGUCUGUGUAUGUACUGAGUACAGAAUAUUCAAUCUGGUUAGAAAUGGAGGCGCUGACAAUCCGACAGAACUGUCACGUGAAUGGCUGGGGGCAAUAUUUGCUCCGCUUUCACUCGCCGCGCCUCAUUCGCGUUUUAAGUUAUGUUGCGUCCGGGAACUCGAGAGGAUUCGAUUAUUUAACUAUUUAUUGUAAUUUAACGUCUUUGCUAAUUUAUCUUCCGUUCGUCAUUAAAUCAAGUCGGCCAUUUUAUUAUCAAA